UCCCCCUCCUCCCUCUGUGUUGUCACCGCUGCCACCCCCACCUCUCCCAGGUCGGUGCCCCGGGACCCUCUCCCUGCCGGUCUCUGGCUGCAAGGUGCCAUAUAAUUGGACAUUGAGAAAAUAGAUAUCAACGUUUUUCUUUAAUCUGAUUUGGAAACCACAAGCAAAUUCAGGGAACUUAAUUGUAAUUGGUUCCAGAACUCAGGGGAUGCAACAUGACCUCUGCUGCAGUGGAUGGUGGUGGGUCGGUAGGGGAACUUGCCAGUAACGGGGUAGAAACUACAGAGCAGGAGGAUGUUCAAAUUGAGUACCCUGCAGUUAUUGUGGAGCCAGUCCCUAGCGCCCGUGUGGAGCAAGGAUAUGCAGCUCAGAUUCUCGUGUACGAUGAUGAGACCUUCAUGAUGCAGGACGUGGCAGAGGAACAAGAGGUGGAGACUGAAACAGUAGAAAUAGUGGAGGCAUCUGUCCAGGGCAGCAAUGUUCACUGCACAGACAAGACAAUCGAGGCGGCAGAGGCAUUGCUCCAUAUGGAGUCCCCUACCAUACUGCAUGACUCUCGAAGUCCAGUGGACAUUUAUACAUCUACAUGUGUCUCUACACCAGAGUUCAUUCACGCCGCCAUGAGGCCCGAUGUAAUCACUGAAACAGUGGUUGAAGUUUCCACUGAGGAUUCUGAACCAAUGGAUGCCUCUCCGAUCCCUGUGACUAUCGAACUUGGAGAACCAAUGAAAAAGAAAAAAGCUGGUAGGAAACCAAAGAUUCAGCAAUCUUUUCCCAAUGGGUCUCCAGAUUUGGGAAUAAAGAAAAAACCAAGGGAAGGAAAAGGGAGCACAACAUAUUUGUGGGAGUUCCUAUUAGACCUGCUUCAGGAUAAGAACACAUGUCCUCGAUACAUCAAGUGGACUCAGAGAGAGAAAGGGAUCUUCAAGCUAGUGGACUCUAAGGCUGUCUCCAGACUUUGGGGGAAGCAUAAGAACAAGCCAGAUAUGAACUAUGAGACAAUGGGACGCGCUUUAAGGUACUACUAUCAAAGAGGGAUCCUUGCAAAAGUGGAAGGACAGAGGCUUGUGUACCAGUUCAAAGAGAUGCCCAAGAACAUUGUGGUCAUUGAGGAUGAUAAAGCAGAAUCCAGCAGUGAAGAGGUUGUUUCCCCGGCAGAUGAAAAGUCUCUGGAACGAGUGUCUAUUCCCACAGAGAGCAUCCUGAAAAUGGCAAUGCCUGGCCGAUUGGAAAAAAGUCCUAUUCAGCAGAAUUCAAGGAAGCCCAGAUUUGUCAGCUUAAAUUCACCUGGGAAUGAGUCAUCCCCUAAUUCACCCACCAGCACCACACCAACAGGAACUCAAAGAACGGUCCGGGUGGCAAUGCAAGUGCCUGUUGUGAUGACUUCUUUGGGACAAAAAAUAUCCACUUUGGCCGUCCAGUCCAUGAAUCCAGGGUCUCCGAUAAUGGCCAACACAAGUCCAACAACCACAUCAGCCCCAAAAGUUGUGAUCCAGACAAUUCCCACAAUGUUGCCAGCAUCCUCGGAUAGUGACAAGUACACCAUGCAGCCUGCCAAAAUCAUCACCAUCCCGACCUCUCAGCUCACCCAGUGUGCACUGCAGGCAAAACCUAGUUUGAGUGGGUCUGGCCAAGUUAAUCUGGUUGGAACUCCUCUAACCGUGAGAGCACUUACUCCUGUAUCUAUAGCGCAUGGCACACCAGUAAUGAGACUAGCAAUGCCAGCACAGCAAGCCAGAUGCCAGACUCCUCCUAGGGUUAUUAGUACGCUGUUUAAAGGACCUGACAUGAAAUCAGAUGGAGAGCUGAAAACGUACCAGCUGGUAAAAGAGGAAAAACAGACAGAAGGGGGUAAAACUGUUACACAUGUUGUGGUUGUUAGUACCCCGUCUGGAAUCACUUUGCCAGUGACUGUAAAGCAAGAAGGGGAUGGUAGUCGGUGAGAAGUACGGAAAUGGGUCCAUCGAUGUACAGUGAGCUUUGGGUCAAACUGACGUUAAAAACUGAAAGGACAACAUUUAUUUUUUAUUUUAAUUUUAUUUUUAGGAAAGAAGUGUCUAAUGAGACGCUAAAGGGACAUUAUACAAAUGUGGAGUUGAAAUUAAAUGGCCUUUACUGGAAUGUGGAUAACAUGCCCAUAUUUUUUGUGGGAAACUUGUUCAUAUGCUGAUGGGAAUUUUGCUUCUUACAAAAUAAAUUUAAAUUGACAUCAAGGAUAAAGAAACUGAAAGGGACCAAAGCGUUCAUUUAUAUAUAUAUAUAUAUAUAUGUACAUUAUUUUUUUAGGUUACACUAAAUAGAACGUGGAACACUAAAAAUAACUGCGUGCGGCUGUUUAUCCUGAAAUGCAAAGUAGAUGACCAGGUCAAAGUGGCAAUUGUAAAUUGUAACACUUUUUUGCUUUUUUUUUUUU